AUGUCUUCCACAGAUCCCACAGGUCACUCUCCCAGCCUACCUGGCGACUCCCAGCAUGCCUCUGCCGCAGCCGCGGUGACGAGCGCCGAGUCCGCGGGGUCCAAGGCUGAAACGGAACCCCCCGAGCUCAACCACGCCCACACGGAUCCCAAGCCCGUGCUGUCUGCAAAGGCCGCCGGCAAGCAACAAGCGACAGACGACCUGAUCGACUUUGGCGAUGAUGAUUUGGGCCCUAUGAAUGAGACGAAGCCUGUCGCCAACCCGGAAACGGAAAGCGAGUCAAACAAGCCAGGCCCGGAAUCCAACCAGGCCGUCUCUAUGCCACAUUCGGAGGUUGCAUCAGAGCCGUUGACCUCCUCGAUGGCGACUCUGAAACCCACGAGCCCAUUGCCAGCUGAGACCGCCACGCAGUAUCUCACCAUCGAGACUACCUCCUACGUCGACCCGACACCGCCUACCCCGCGAACGUCACAGCCCCCGUCCCGGACUCCGUCGAAUGCUACCAAGCGUCGACCUUCUUCCGAUGCGUCCCCAACGAGGUCCGACGCUAGCUACGACGAGCGCAGAUAUGCAAGUGAGGACGAGCAGGAGAACGGAUCGCGGUCCGAGAUUCAAAGCAUCAUGGAGCAGUUCACCGGCGAUGGGGGUGGCCCUGGAGCCGACGAGGUCAUGAGUCCGAGACUCGAGAUUGCAUCGCCCAUGCUAGGCAGCCCUAGCAUCCAGCACCCACCUCGAAAGUCCAGCCUCGAGCCGCUGGUUCCGACCCUGUCCCAUCAGGUCCAGGAACUCCAGGGCCUGAGAAUACACUCGGCGUCUCCAACCAGCAUUCUUUCGCAUCAGAGGAUCCCCGAUGACCAAGGCCCUCCCGUGCCACCCAAGGACGGCCCGCCUGCGACACCUUCGCGAUCCCGCGACGACAGGCAGAUGAGCAUAGAUUCCCAAAUGUCUCCUGGCAUGCCUAUCCACCGGCCGCCACCUCCCGAACCCGAACCCGAGCCAGCACUGCCUUUCGACUUCCAUCGUUUCCUGGAGCAGCUGCGCAACAAAAAAGCAGACCCGGUUGCCAGGUACCUCAAGUCUUUCCUAUCGGAGUUUGGGAAGCGGCAAUGGAUGGUACAUGAGCAAGUCAAGAUCAUCAGCGACUUCUUGGCGUUUAUUGCCAACAAGAUGGCACAAUGCGAGGUUUGGAGAGAUGUUUCCGACGCCGAGUUCGACAACGCUCGGGAGGGCAUGGAGAAGUUGGUCAUGAACCGGCUCUACACGCAGACCUUCUCGCCAGCGAUCCCUCCUCCACAACCGAUUCCUGGUGCGAAGCCCAAACGGCGAGGUGGCGAGCGGCCCAUGGGACCGGGUCGGCGUGGGCAACACCAAGAAGACGUGGAACGCGACGAUAUCCUGACACAGAAGAUCAACAUCUAUGCUUGGCUCAGGGAAGAGCAUCUCGAUAUACCGCCUGCUGGUGACAGCGGAAGACGGUUUCUCAAGCUUGCCCAACAAGUAGAGCUCCUCAAGAUCAAGUCCUAUCGGGCACCGCGGGAUAAGAUCAUUUGCGUCCUCAACUGUUGCAAAGUCAUCUUUGGGCUCCUCAAGCACUCCAAGUCAGAUUCAUCGGCUGACUCGUUCAUGCCCCUUUUGAUUUACGUCGUCUUACAAGCCAACCCGGAGCACUUGGUGUCCAACGUCCAGUACAUCCUGCGCUUCAGGAACCAGGAGAAGCUCGGUGGCGAGGCUGGGUACUAUCUUUCAUCGCUCAUGGGCGCCAUUCAGUUCAUUGAGAACAUGGACCGGACUACCCUCACGAUCACGGACGAGGAAUUCGAGAAGAACGUCGAGGCAGCCGUGUCUGCGAUAGCAGAGAAGCACCGCCUCGACUCACCAGCUGUCGUCCAGGAGCCUGCUUUCUCGGAGAAGGCGGGCUUCCACCAAGGAGACUCGUCCGGUCGGCCCUCGUUGGAUAUGAUGGGAGAAUCUUCCACGCCACGCCGCUCGACAUCGUCGAACGAAGGCGGUAGAGACGCAGACGACCAAGCCCCGAUCACCGGUCUCCUCCGAUCAAUACAGAAACCUCUCAGCACAAUCGGCCGCAUGUUCUCGGACGAUCCUUCUCCGGCGCCCCCCGUACCCAGCCAUGCGUCGAGGCCGCCCGGUUCCUCCGAACGACUCUCUCCUAGGCCAAGCGCGGAGCUGCCGCGAGAUGGGCAACAGCCCGCCUCCCGUCAUCACCUUUCGGCAGAGGAGGCUGCGGCCCGGCAGGCGAGCGCCGAAGUCGCAGAGGCCCAGCGUUUGAGCAGAGCAGAGCAUGUUAACGUCGUCGAGACGCUUGCGGGCAUGUUUCCCGACCUCGACAGGGACAUCAUUUCGGACGUGGUCUACCAGAAGCAGGGCCGAGUCGGGCAGGCUGUCGACGCCUGUCUGGCCCUAUCCAACUGA